UCCCUCUCAACACCGGUCUGACUGCCAGUCCUCCUCUGGCUCGUCUCCCCCCUCUCUCUCAGCUCGUCCGUGUCAUGCCGCGGGAGCGGCAGCGCGGGAUCGCAGAGGGCCCCUCCACCUCCACCUCCACCUCCACCUCCACCUCCACCGCCGCCGGACGUCCCAUGCUCUUCUCCAGGGCUCUGAGCUCGCUUCUGUGAAAUAUGCAGGAGCUUUUUCUACUUUUCCUGCUGCACUUUGUUGUCAUUUUGGCAGCCGGCCACGAAGAGCUCUCCGUUGCAGACAGACUCCUCUCCCUCUUUGCAGAGCAAGGCCACUCUGUUCACGCAGGGUCAGAUCUGUCCAUUGUCCACCCAGUGAAAACCAGCCCUGAUGGAGAGUUUAUCUCCCACCGCCUGGCUCACCACUUCAGUGGUGAGAGGGUCAGGCGUGACCUGAGACCCCUGUCUCCAAACGGACCAGUUUUCUACAAAAUCAACUACAAGAGUCGAAAUUUAACGUUCAAUUUGACUGCAAAUAACCAUCUGGUUUCAAGCGACUACAUUCUGGAGAGGAGGAAUGGCAGCGCCAACAGGAGCGAGCAUCACCUCUCCAAAGGGAACUCCUGCCACCUCCUUGGCACCGUGGAAGCCCCUGGUGUGAGAGGAAGGGCUGCCAUCAGCACCUGCAGAGGAUUGAGAGGUUUCUUCUCCCUGCCAGAGGGGCACUUUUUUAUUGAACCUGUCGAUAAAUCUGCAAAUGAUACUUCGGGAGCUCCAGAACCACACGUCAUCUAUCCGAGAGCUGCUGCAGCGGCUCACAGAGGAAAACGCAGCCUGGAAUCCAAAAGGAAUCCUGGUUCCUGUGGAGUUCAAGAUUCUCCGAGGAAGUCUGUCCAGGCGGAGGAGGAGAGGGAGGAGUGGGAGCGGGAGCAGCAGAGGGGGUUCCAGGGUCGGUCCCGAGCACAGCGCUCCGUCAGUAAAGAGCGCUGGGUGGAGACCAUGGUGGUUGCUGACUCCAAACUCAUUGAAUACCACGGUAGUGAUAACGUGGAGUCCUACAUCUUCACCAUCAUGAACAUGGUAGCUGGUAUCUUUCAUGACGCCAGUAUCGGAAACGCCAUCCACGUCAUCUUGGUGCGCCUCAUCCUGCUACAAGGAGAAGAGAAGGACCUGAAUAUUCUUCACAAUGCAGACACCACUUUGGCCAGUUUCUGUGCUUGGCAGAAAAACCUCAACCCCCAGAGUGACACGCACCCUGCUCACCACGACGUGGCUGCGCUGAUCACCAGGACAGACAUCUGUGCAGGAAUGAACCAGCCCUGUGAGACUCUGGGUCUGUCUCAUCUGUCUGGAAUGUGUCAACCCCACCGCAGCUGCAACAUCAAUGAGGAUUCAGGGCUACCUGUCGCCUUCACCGUCGCUCAUGAAAUGGGCCAUAGCUUUGGAAUUCACCAUGACGGCCAGGGGAAUGACUGCGAGCUGGAAGGAAGACACCCGUUCAUCAUGUCCAGACAGCUGAUGUAUGACAGCUCGCCUCUCACCUGGUCCUCCUGCUCCAAAGAAUACAUCACACGCUUCCUCGAUCGUGGUUGGGGUUUCUGUUUAGACGACCGUCCUUCAAAGAGGGACCUAACCACUCCCCUGGCUCGUCUCGGUAUCCGCUACACCACGCACCACCAGUGCCAGCUCCAGUACGGACCAAACGCCACCUUCUGCUCUGAGAUUGAUAACGUCUGCCAGAUUCUUUGGUGCUCGGUCAACGGCUCCUGCCGCUCCAAACUAGACUCACCCAUAGAUGGUACUCGCUGUGGACCAGAGAAGUGGUGUAUCUCUGGCGAGUGUGUAAUCGUGGGCAAACUCGCUGAGACGGUGAAUGGAGGGUGGGGACUGUGGAGUACCUGGUCUCACUGCUCCAGGACCUGUGGGACUGGAGUUCAGUCAGCAGAGAGAGAAUGUAACAAUCCCAAACCGGAGUACGGGGGCAAGUACUGCACCGGGGAAAGGAAGCGUUAUCGGACCUGCAACACGACACCGUGUGAGAGUGAUAAACCAACAUUCAGAGAGAUGCUGUGCAGUGAGUUUGACACGGUGUCCUACCACAAUGAGCUCUACAGCUGGGUUCCUGUUGCUACCCCAUCGACUCCCUGUGAACUGCACUGUCGACCCGUCGGUGAGUAUUUUUCUGAGAAGAUGCUUGACGCUGUGACUGAUGGAACGCCGUGCUUCAUGAACAACAAGUCCAGAAACAUCUGUGUUAACGGAGUGUGCAAGGAGGUUGGUUGUGACUAUGGCAUCAACUCCAACGCGCUGGAAGAUCGUUGCGGAGUCUGUUUGGGUGACGGGACAAGCUGUGAGACCGUUUACAAAUCAUUUGAUGGAGAAGGAAGUUUCGGGUACAUGGACGUGGGCGUGAUACCUCAGGGGGCGCGGGACAUUCUGGUGAAGGAAGUGGAGGAGGCAGGUAACUUCCUGGCUCUGAGGAGCGUGGAGUCGGACGAGUACUUCCUCAACGGCAACUACAUCAUCCAGUGGAACGGCGAGUACGAGGCCGGUGGGACGACCUUCUUCUAUGACCGUAGCGGGAACAUGGAGAACCUCACGGCCCCCGGACCCACCACUCAGCCGGUCAUGCUGCAGCUGCUUUUUCAGGAGAAAAAUCCAGGUUUAAACUACGAGUACACCGUCAAGAAGGUCAAAGACUCCGAAAAUGAGGUCCCUGAACCCAUUUACAAUUGGAGACAUGGAGCGUGGGCUGACUGCAGCACCACCUGCGGCCUCGGGGAGCAGCAUCAGCCCGUGCGCUGUUUUGAGGUGGAUGAGGGUGUAGUGGACGAGUCUCUGUGUGACCCAGACAUCCGUCCAGAAAACAAACACCGCAAGUGUAAGAAUAUGGAAUGUCCUGCCAGGUGGUGGGUUGGGGGUUGGCAGCAGUGUACCGCCACAUGUGGACUGGAUGGACUGAGGAAGAGAACCGUUCUUUGUGUCCGGACAGUUUCAGGGGAGGAAAGGGUGCUCCACCCUGUGGAGUGCAAGCAUCUUCUUAAACCAAAACCUGUGGUCCCGUGCAACAGAGACGUACCGUGUGCUCAGGAAUGGGCUGUAGAUAACUGGGAAGAGUGCCCAGUGACGUGUGGAGGAGGCGUUCGCUCGCGCACCGUUACCUGCUCAUUGGCACCCGCGAAGACGUGUGACCCCUUAACCAAACCCAGGUCCAGAUCACUGUGUGGUUUGCUGAGCUGCCCAAACUCUAGCCUUCGCAGACGACCAGGGCUUCAUCCUGGAAAUCGUCGCCUUUUCCCGCCCAAGACCCAACCUACCAAGCAUACCGGCUCACCCACAUGGACUUCCGUGAGCACCACAGCUCCACCUACAACUACCGCCAAAACAACUGCAACUGCUUUCAUUUCAGCCAUCACUCCCCUUUCAACCCACGAAACCACAACCCCGGAAAUCAUUGAUGCAGAUGACUAUGAGUUCAAUGUUCCGCCGAGGAAAAAUGAGGGGAAAAGAAAGAAAGUUUAUCCUAUUAAAUCCAAUUUUACAAAAAACUUCAGGAAACCAGCUGUUGAGAAGGAGGAAAAUUUCGAAGAAGCAGAGGAGGGAAGUACACCACAUGGAGUGAUGAGUGAUCAUGUUGUUGAGGACAUGACAACAAGAGCGGAGAGGAUUACUGACGGGAAUGUUUUUACCACAGCAAUGUCACUCAAAAGUGCUCUUCAAACAACUGCAACAACUUUGCCAUCAAGUCCACUCACGACGUAUGUAACCAGGGCGGUAGUCACAACUACGUAUCCCACCCCUCUCACCAGUACAGAGAGAUGGGCAAAGACGACUCGCCACAUGUUCAACCCCCGCACCACUGCAAAUACCAGCCCGUACAGCCACUGGACACACCAGGCUCCACUGACCACCCCGGUGUCCAAGGGCCGCCACGGCCCAACAAAAGCUGGCACUCACACAAAGCAAGCUCCUGCUACAACAGCAAGAACGACGUUCACCACUGCUCCCACACCGCAGUCCACAGUUACCACCGCUAAACUAAAGAAGUCUGCAGUCACACCCAGGGAAGACAGUUCCACCACCCGUGCUAAAAAGCCCAAAGGUAGUCAAUCCACGAGCCAAAACCAGCAACCAAGUAGCCCCAAGAGCAGUGACCAAAACAAUCUGACGGCUCAAGAGCCCGGCAGCAUGGACGUCUUCUGGGUUGUGGGAAACUGGAGCGAGUGUUCGACCACAUGUGGGAUUGGAGCUAUCUGGAGAACAGUUGUGUGCAGUUCACAAAAUGAUGUGGAUUGUGCCAAAAUGAAGAGACCUGAGCCUGCACAAACCUGUCACCUGCAACCAUGCGCCACAUGGCAAACUGGCAUGUGGAGCAAAUGUCUGGAUAACUGCGGGUUAGUGAGAAGGAGGUACCGUGAUGUGCAGUGCGUUGAUUCUCAAAGCAAACGUCCUCUCAGACCUUUCCACUGUCAGGCUGUUUCCAGCAGACCUCUCAGAGUCCUGGUUUGUCCCAGCAAGGCCUGCAUGAACUGGAGCGUGUCACCCUGGGGACCGUGCUCGGGCAGCUGUGGUGAAGGCAUCAGAGAGCGGCUGGUGUUCUGCCCCGAGCCUCAUCGCUGCAACACCACUCUGAGGCCAAACAGCACAGAGCUGUGCAGUUUAAGGGCAUGUACUCGUUGGAAGACCGAGGACUGGAGGGAGUGCUCUGUGGGCUGUGGUGGGGGUCAGCAGCAGCGUGCAGUCAACUGUGUGAGUCCGGAGGAUUCGACUGUAAUGCCAAACAGCCUCUGUGAGCAGAUUUCCAAACCAGAAACACUCAGGAAGUGCAAUGUGCAGGAAUGCAAGACAAACUCAGAACCAGUUUGCAGGAAGAACACCAUGUCCACCCGCUUCUGUGAAAAGCUGAAGCUGCUGAGUCGCUGCUCUCUCAGGUCGGUCCAAAGACAGUGUUGCCUCACCUGUGGACCAAGACUGGACACUCUAGCCGCACUACUUCGCGCACCAGCGUGACAUUACUGGUAAAAAGACAUGUAGUGGGUUUCUCCACAGACUGAAAAAACCCACUGCUUAUUCAAGUGCAACUCCAACAGAACUGGGAGUGAGUGGGUUUUCUGUAAAAAAAAAAAAAAAAAAAAAGGGGUGGGGUAAACCAAAACAUUCUUGAUGUACAAAAAUAAAAAUCUAAACUACUUAUCAUAGCAUAUGAUUGAUGCACAAUGCAUGUCUGCAUAGGAUUUCACAUCAGGAACAAAUAAAAAAGGUCCACAACCCAAAAAACAUAGGAGGUUUCAUUGUUUGAGGUAUGAAUGGUUUGCCCAGUUUUGGUCAGAGCCUGUGAUGGAUGUGAGGCCUGUCCAGGGUGAACUCACCUAUCACCCCAUCACAGCUGGGAAACGCUUCAACCCCCCACAAAACUGACCGGGACAAAGAAAAUGGAUUGGAUAAUUUGGGUUAAAGUCAUUUCUGGGCCAAAGGUGCUUUAAUUACUGUAUGUUUUUUUUUAAAGGUGCUGUUAUAAUUGAGGUGCUGACGAGUCACAACUGAACCACUGAGUUACCAUUUUAUAUAAAUAUAUAUUGUUAAGUGAAAUGCUGAAACACAACAUACAGGUUUUUUCUGGCCUCUAGAACAUCAGUUUUUAACUACUUGCAACUUUUUUUACUAGGCUUGAAAUGUGGCUUUGUUCUCAGAGCAGCACUGCGUGUUUACAUUAUUCUCCAUACGAAUCACGGUUGUUUCCGGUGUUUGUGAUUAUUAGAUUAGCAGCAGAAUUUCCAGCAUUCAGUAGUCAUACCUGUGGUGCUAAACUCUGGGCUGAGAUUUACCAGUUAGAAAGAGGCGUUGCAGGUCAUCCCUCUCGGGUCACUCUAAGGAUGACCGUCGUGUUUGUAUUAUGUUAUUUUACAAGCAUUUCCUCCUCCAGUUAUCUCCUCGACCCCUCUUUCUGUUAGUUACCUUCAGCAGGGUGCAAGCAGGGGAAGGGAAGGAAACAGUGGGAGGAGAAAGGACACAACAUAAGAGGCAUGUAACAAAA